GAGCAACAGCAGAUAGUGUGCUAAAGAUCCCAUGUCAUAUCUCUCAACGGCGGUAGAGAGGGUUCCACCUUUUGGUAUCGGGCACGGCAUUUGGCGGGGUAAUGGCGGGGUACGGCGCGAACCAGGCGCUAUAAUCGCUGAACCACCACAAAUGCAACCCGCGCCAAACCGCACCCUGUCUCUCUCUCGCUCUCUCUCUUUCUCGCUCUGUCUCCCUUUCACCAAGCCUCGUCGUCCCUCUCCUCUUCUAUUCUCUUUUCUCCUUCCAACGUUGAUCUUCUACCAAUUUUCUCCAAAAUUCGAUACUCUCGUCGUAUUCUCCCCUUGGCAAUACUGAUUCUUUUCCACACCCUCGUCCCCUUACCUGUCUUUAAGAUCAGCAAAUUCCCAAUUCACACACCCACCCAACCACGCGCGCGACGUCACAACAGUCAGUGUCAGCCCAUCGUCGUCGUCGUCGUCCGCCGCCGUCCCCGACGACAUAAUGGCCUCCCUCCCCUCCCAGCACCCUUCGCUGGCGCUCCAUCUGACGGACCGCGCCCUAAACCCGAUCCUGACCUCGGCGCACUCCCAGGCUCAGCUCGAGGCCCUCACCUCCUUGACAACCACCUCCUUAACCGCCCACGCCGCCGCGAACCGCUUCUCUCUCGGCCCCGCCCAGCGCAUCAUCGUCGAGCACGGCCCAGGGAGCCCCGUCGUCCUGGCCUCCUUCCUCAACGGCGCUGACGCCCUGCCGCACGACGGAGAAGGCCCCGCCGCCAUAAACAACAACUACAAUCAUACUUCCGCCGCCUCCUCGAGGCCCGUGUCGUCGGGCGUCGCGGCCGGUGCUGCCCGGACGGCGGACUCGUCGGUGGGAGGCGCGUCUUCUUCAGCGAGGACGGGCGCGAUACCAGACGCCGGGAAAUCAGACGAUGACUCGGAGGACGCGGCGCCCAUGCUCGUCGGCGUUGUGGUCGCGGCGACUGGCGAGGAAGCUAUGGAGGCGCGUCGUGCCGCUGGAAGACUCGAGAGGGUGGGUAGGGAAUUUCAGCGGGAAUGGGCUGUCGAAGAAGGGACGGGUGACAUAUCCCGCGGAGGACAGUGAAACAAACAGAUACGCGGAAUGGGUAUUGAGAGUCUGCUUUUUUUAUCGCAGCAGCAGCAGCAGCAACAGCUGAGGGCAUCACUGAAUAUGGGAGAAGAAGAAAAAAGAACUAUUGUGUCCGCGAACGGACGAUUGAUGAUGGGAGGACCACGGCUAGGCCAUGCGUGACUUGGAUGGGCAGGCAGGCAGCCAGCCAGCGAUCGAUCAUGACAAGGACAUGAGCGAUGAAACGAGAACUGGCCGCAUGAGAAUUCGGCACGGCGCACCACCACAGGUUGCAGAAGCGGCGUACAAGAGAAAGCGCGAUUCGCGUUAAUCAUAAUCUUUGAUUUUGACGGUCUCUAUAUACCGAGUUCAUUUUCCCCGUAAACAUCCAUCAUCGCGUUAAAAAAAAACCAGAACAAUCGCC